UGGCGAAGGUUGUCGCGCGAUUUGUUCAUUUUCGCGCUCUUUUUCAUUCACGUGUCGAAGAUGGCAAUGGACGUUUGGAUAUUUUUGGCCAGUUUUCCAGAGCGGAUGUGUGUCGGAAGUCCCGAAAUUGCCAGCUUACAGCGUUGCUUGUUCUAGGUCGUCCAUGGAGAGCCUACCGCCACCUGUUUCAUGGAACUCGCUCACCAGUCGCAGGCCAAUGGGUCAAUUAACAACGUCAGUUUCAGGAGCUUCGGUCGUUUCGGAUUUAUGGAGUCCUAAAGGGGACUCGUCUGGCCAGCAUCAGCACUCGGUGUCGCUCUCUCACGACGGCAAGGCGCUGGGCGCCAGCGUCGGCAACAACAUGCCGUCGUUCGACGUGUCGUUGCCACUCAACGUGACCACUCAGUACGGAGCUCACGCCCAUCUUGUCUGCCGAGUCCAGGAUGUUGCCAACAAAUCGGUCUCGUCGGUUCGCAAGAGAGACGGCCAUUUGCUGACGGUCGAUACGGACACGUUUAUAGGCGACGGCCGAUUCCAAGUGCACCACCCGGCUAAUUCUGACAUUUGGACGCUGCACUUGAGGGCCGUUCGCGGCUCCGACGCCGGCAAAUACGAAUGCCAAGUUUCCAGCGAGCCCAAGCUCAGUCUCGUCUAUCAAUUAAACAUUGUCGUUCCGCAGGUGGAAAUCAGAGGAGCUCCGGACAUUUACGUCAUGGCCGGUAGCGGUGUGGCGCUGCAUUGCGUCAUUUCGGGGCUGAUUGAGACGCCGCCCUACAUUUUCUGGUACCACAAGACGGAGCGGAUCGCCGGAUCGGCUCUCGAAGAGUCCCGCAUGUUCGAAGGAUCUAAAGAAGCCGCAGCGCUGGCCUCAUCGGCAGGCGCUACGAAAUACGGAUGGAGCGCCCGCGUGACCCGCCUGGGACCCGACUCACUUCUGGCAGUUUUGAACGUUCCGCCGGCCACGCCCGACUUUGCCGGCAACUAUUCGUGUGGACCACCUAGCCUCCAACCGGCCAGCGUCACUCUCCACGUUCUAAAUGGGGAGCAGCCGGCGGCCAUGCAACACGGGAAAAACGGCGGCAGGGGCGUUGUCGUCCAAUCGGCUUGGACCUGGUGGACGACGGCUUUCGUGACUCUGCUCUUGAUGGCCGCCACCAAAUGGAUGUCGGGCUGCUCGGCGAUGGCCGGCGAGAACUGCUUGCCGCUGGACGACGAAGCCUGGACGCCCUCCUCCUGCUCGGCGCUGGCAGUCGAUGGUAAUUUGACACCAAACUGUUCGACCGAUUGGGCCGUUUCACCAAUCUCCAGAGGUGGAGAGCCGGGCCAGGCUACUAAGCCGCUCGACUCUUUCUCGGCGGCGGCGGCGGCGGCGGCGGCCGGACAAGACGUGCCGUCACGAUGUCCGAUGAUGAUGAUGAUGAUGACGACCCACUCGGCACGCAGUUCGUGA